UUUCAGUUGUCAAUGAGAGAUUAGAAGUGCAAGAUUGAAUACAACAGCAUUAGAAUGGUGCAUCGUAAUAUAUUGAAAACGUUAGAUCAUAAAAGUGAAAACACCAAGGCUAGAUUGCCUUAUAUGGUGAAAAGAUAUGCUACCGAGGGUAGAAAUAUACCCUUAAAGAAAAAUUGGUCUGAAACCUGGUGUACAUUACCGGCUCAUUUCGAUAAAGUUUUUGAGGAAAUUUUAAAUUUUGAAUUGCGUAAAGAUGAUGUUUUUGUGGUGACGUUUAUGAAGUGUGGCACUACUUGGAUGCAGGAAUGUGCCUGGUUGUUGUUGAAUAAUUUGGAUUUUGAAAAGUCUAAAGAGGCGGCUGUCAUGAUUAGGAGUCCUUUUAUAGACUUCCAUGGCAUUGUGCCUGACACUCCCAGUCCCAUAGAAAUGUGCAAACAUUUAGCCAGUCCCCGUUUGAUUAAAACUCACAUGCCUGCCAAUUUAGUGCCUCUACAAAUAUGGGAGAAAAAACAAAAGUUGAUUUAUGUAGCCCGCAAUGUUAAGGAUGUCAUUGUCUCGUCUUACCACUUUGUCAAGAACUUGGAUUUGUGGCGCGGCAAUAGUUUCCCAGAAUAUGUAGAAGAUUUUCUUAAUAAUGAAAUUCUCUACACCCAUUUCUGGGCUCACAUUGUGGACUUUUGGAAAAUGCGCCAUGAGCCCUUUAUAUUCUUUGUAACCUAUGAAGAAAUGAAACGCGAUUUGCCAGCAGUUUUGCAAAGACUCUGUGAUUUCUUAGAGAGGCCUCAAUUGAACCAACAGGAAUUGGAAAAGACAGUGGCACAUUUGUCGUUUGGUAGCAUGAAAAAAAAUAAAAACACCAAUUUGACUUAUUUGCUUAAGGAAAAUAUGCCUGGUGUUAAGGAGGAUUUCCAAUUCAUGCGCCGCGGCAUAGUGGGUUCCUUUAAAGAUGAAUUAACUCCUGAAUUGAUAGCUAAAAUUGAUAAAUGGACUGCUGACUUUUUAGGCCAACACGGCAUUAGGGAGGAAGAUAUUUUUGGCAAAUUAUAGAAUAUAGAUUCUCUAAAUUAUAAACGUAUUGUGAUAAAAUUUUAAAUGAAUCAAAAAUCUCUGUAGUUAAAAAAAAUAAAAUAAAUUAAAGACUUGCGUUUGAAGCUAAAAUUCAGCUUUCAAAAAACCUA